AUGACUAAUAUGAACCCACGCUCACCCCCCGCCCCCACCCCCGCCCCGCCCUGCCCUGUCCUGUACCCAUAUAACGACGGCGCUCCUCACAGUCGGGCUGAAGACUGGCCCACCCUCAGGACUGGCAGGAGCACAAGGGGACAGCUCAGAGAAUGUCAACGAAAAGGACGCAAGUUCCUGCAGUGUGUGAUGCUAACGCUCCCCACGCCGGUCCCUGCAGUGUCUGUGAUGCUGCUGGUCUUGCUGUGCCUGGAUGAGGGGCUGUGGUCACGGGCAGCUCCAGUCUGUGCCCAGGGGCAGGCCCGGUGCCAGCUGCUCUCCCUGACGGAUCUCCUCGACAGGGUCCUCCAGCACUCGGCCAGGAUGCACGGGCUCUCCAAUGACCUGCACUCCCAGUGGGAGCAGAACUUUCUCCGCAGCAGAAACCAAAUCGGCAGAAUGAGCCGGAAAUGCCACACCUCCGCCAUCCUCACACCCAACGGCAAAGAGAACGCCCAGAGCCUGGCGAGGGAAGAGCUAACGGCGGUGAUCCUGGAGCUGCUGGCGGCGUGGAGAGAGCCCCUGUUCCAGCUCCACCAGAGCCUGCCCCAGGAGGACCUCCCCAGCCCCGGCCGCGGCAGCGGCAGCCAGGCCCUGGAGAUGAGCGACAUGGCCCACAAACUCCUCAGCGGCGUGGAGACGGUGGCCCAGAAGAUGCAGGUGCUAGGCAUGCUGGGUAACGGUGUGAGCAGCGUCCCCUCCCCUGACGCCCCGCCUCCCCCCCCCAGCGCACAGCGACGCUCCCUCGGCCCCGCCCUGCUGCUGCACUGCUUCCGCAGGGACUCGCACAAGGUGCACAACUACCUGAGCCUCCUCAAGUGCACCGUCGACCCCGAGCACGGCUGCUAG